GCGAAACUGCGGUUGGAGUCCUCCUCCUCACAACAGCUGACACAUUCAGAACUGCUCCGUCUGUCUGAUGAGAUCGACCACUGCGAAACGCAGUUGGCGGUGGAAUCGGUGUUGCUGUCUAAGAUUCCGUGUCCAUGGCAGGGCGUGCUGCAGUCCUGGAUAAGCGGCAUGAAGCAGGAGGUGGAUACAGCACGAACAACUACUCAAAAGGCCCUGGCAACGCUGCACACCGGACAUGCGCAGGAGAACCAGGUCCGACUACAGGAAAGGCUGAACGACAUGCGUUCUAAGACCGUCGACACCACUGAUUCGUCUCGUCUUCGCCUGCCAAUGCUGGCGCUGUCUCCCUGUCUACCUCACGCUCGGGGUAGAUUACCUGUUAGAGCCGCGCGUGUUUUGGAACCGGCCUCACGCGAGCUCGUAGACUACCAAGAGGCAUCAGUUCAAUGA